AUUUACCUGUAGUAAAUCACUUCCCGUGCGUCAGCAAGAAACUGUAAACACUGAUAGAGGCGGGCUUAGCACACACAUAAUAUCUCAGAAUUUAGACAGCUGUGCGUGCUGCAGAAUCUGAGCCUGGACUGGGAAAGGCCCUUCGGGGGCCAUACGGCUCCCCAAUAUGCAUGUUUAUGACAGCAAGGAUCCUGAGAGGGAGAAGAGGUACUCGCUACUUUUUAGUCAGCUGGACUCUAACAAAGAUGGCCGUGUGGAUAUCAACGAGCUUAAAGAGGGACUUGCAGCAAUGGGAAUGACACCCUGCAAUAAUGCUGAACAAGAGAUCUUGCGUGCUGGAGAUACAGAUCAAGAUGGAGAGCUGGACUUUGAGGAGUUUACUCGAUACCUGGAGGAGCGAGAAAAGCGCCUUCUUAUCAUGUUCCACAGCCUGGACCGCAAUCGUGAUGGUCAUAUUGACGUCUCUGAGAUACAAGAAUGUUUCCACAGUCUUGGAGUGAACAUUACACUUGGCCAAGCAAAGAAAAUCCUCCAAAGCAUGGAUCGUGACGGCACUCUGACAAUUGAUUGGCUAGAAUGGAGGGAUCACUUUCUGCUGAACCCACUGCAUAAUAUGGAAGAUGUGGUCACUUACUGGAAACAUUCCACAGUGCUUGAUAUAGGGGAGUCCCUUGCAGUUCCUGAUGAGUUCUCUAAGGCUGAAAUUCGUUCUGGAAUGUGGUGGAAGCAGCUUCUAGCAGGAGCCGUGGCUGGAGCUGUGUCAAGAACUGGGACUGCCCCAUUGGAUCGGCUCAAAGUCCUCAUGCAGGUACAUGGUGCCCAGGCUCAGGGUCGCUCAAUGCUGAAGGGUCUUCGGAACAUGAUUCAAGAGGGAGGGUUUCGCUCUCUGUGGCGAGGAAAUGGAAUUAAUGUGCUAAAAAUUGCGCCUGAAUCUGCUAUCAAAUUCAUGGCAUAUGAGCAGAUUAAGAAGGUUAUCCGUGGGCAGCAUGAAACAUUACGGGUCAGAGAGAGAUUUAUCGCUGGAUCAUUGGCUGGUGCUAUUGCACAGACUGUUAUAUAUCCAAUGGAGGUGCUGAAGACUCGUCUAGCUCUCCGCCGGACUGGGCAGUAUUCUGGAAUGGCUGACUGUGCCCGGCACAUAUUGCGUACCGAGGGAGUAAGAGCCUUCUCCAAGGGUUACGUUCCCAACCUCCUUGGCAUUGUGCCAUAUGCAGGAAUAGAUCUGGCAGUAUAUGAGACUCUAAAGAACACCUGGUUGCAGAGGUACAGAGCAAGUACCAGUGCUGAUCCAGGAAUUCUGGUGUUACUUGCGUGUGGUACAGUAUCCAGUACAUGUGGACAGAUAGCCAGCUACCCUUUGGCUUUGGUCAGGACACGCAUGCAAGCUCAGGCCGCUGUACAGGGUUCUCCACAGCUGACAAUGGUUGCCCUUUUCAAACAUAUUGUGGCCAGAGAAGGCUUUCUGGGACUAUAUCGGGGCAUUGCUCCAAACUUCAUGAAAGUGAUACCUGCUGUCAGCAUCAGCUAUGUAGUUUAUGAGAACAUGAAACGCGUACUCGGUGUGACCAGCCGGUGAGAGCAACACACCAGUAUGGACCACUAUCUUUUGUUGAAGGACCCAAGCUUCUUAAGUGCAAGAGACUUUCAAAACCUUUUCUCCAUAAUCUCUUUUUUACCCAUAAACUUCACUGAACAAACAUAAAUACAGUCAUCCUUCUUUUUACCUAACUUAUCUCAAGCAGAAAUUUCCAUAUUGGUCGGCCAUUUUUCAGUUAUUCAAACUUGACAUUUGUAUGUGAUACUGAGCUUUUGAGAUCAAUGUGUGCACUGAUUUUUUUUUUGUUCUCUCCAUGUUAAUACUGCCUAUAUUUAAUAUGCUAUUGAGAGAGGUAGGUUAAUAACCUACACCCAUCCCUCCACUGACUGUGUUUCAGCAUCCCAAAGGGGUUUUAGCUAAGGGCUAUAAUGUGAAGCAAGCGAAUAUCACAGUUUAAUGAUUGUAUAUUUUGCAUGAUCCAAAGAUUGAUCUAUUAAUGAUUUUGUAGGGGCCCUAAGAGGCCUACAUUUUUAUUUAAAACUAAUUUGAAAGGGAAACUGCUAGAGUGCAUCAUUUGAAUGUACAGUGUUUUCUGCUUGGAAUGUGUGUAAAUGAUGCCUCUCUGCAGCUUUACUGCAUUCUGGGACUUGUAGUUUUGAAAUGCAGGUUGUAUAGUUGAAACAAACACGCAUGUAUUUACUUUGACCACUGACAUGAAUGCUUUUUAUUUAGUAUUGUUAAAGCGACUCCUAUCUGAAGUCGGUGGCAUUGACCUCAUAAAUGCCCUACAUAUCUGAAGAAUGUGAGCAUAUUUAUUAUGAUGUCUUUAUUAUAUAUAGAUAUACUGUAUGUUGACAUUAGAGUUCACAGAACAAACUAAUUUUAUUUAUUUAAAAUAUUCAAACUGCAGGGCCCCAUGCUUUAUAUCCUGGUAUAUAUUACUGUAUUUACACUGACAUUUGGCCUCACUUAUAGAUAAUUUAUCUAAAUAUAGAUAGUUGUGCUACAUUCAGUUAGGCUGCAUGUCUUUGAUUCAUGUGUACUUUUUUGAAGUUUCUUGAAGGGGACUGAAUGUAGAGACCUGUUUGAAAAAGAACGGUGGUGCUGUAUAGCUAAUAGGGAGUAACUCUUGCAAUAAUUAAGGGACACCUUUAUAUGUUUUGCACUGCUGUCUGUGCACAUGGCAGCUCUGCAGUAUUAUGCUAUUUAUAAGCAUACAUCAGAUUCAUGCAUUAGAUGUUCAAUCUCUGCAUUAUUACAGUACAUGUAAGCUGAACAUAACUUUGCUUUGUUCAUUGCAAAUAGGGCACUGAUCUGCCUUCUGCAAUACCCAUAAAAAAAUGUAACACUUUGAAUUAUCCAAUGUUUUAACCAGAAGUUAGUUCUGUACCUUAAUUCACAGGUUGGGAAUUGGCACAGUCUAAAUGCAAUUGGCUGCAUCUUAUAUUUUUCAGGAUAGACUUGUUAUUAAAGGUGGAAGGCAAUGGAAACUUACAGUAUUGCCCUAGUGUAGGUUUCUUUUGUCUUUAACAGGUCAGAUAUCCAUGCAGAUCAUUGUUAGGGGCUGAGGUUUGUACUAAAUCAGGACUUAUUUCAGUUUCUUCUCGAUAGGGUUUUGAUAACCUGUUGUCAUUCUGGUACAAAAAAAAAUGUUAUCCCUUAUUCUAAACUGUUCUGCUGUUUGUUGCAGUGGAAGAUCUGCUCUGUCAUAAUGGGUGUCCACAGGAGGGCAAGAGGGUGACAGAUACCCCCACCUGCAGCUUGCACCCAUGUCUAAUCCUGAGGAUAGACCGUAAAAGAGCUCUUAGUGCAGCAACUUUUUAUUGGAAAGAGGAGACUUUUCAGUUAGUGGUCAAUUUUCCCCUGGGCUUUGUAUGUCUCACUUGGCUUAAAAAUAGAACCAAUGACAUUCAUCAUUUUAAAUUUCGAAACUAGGUUUAGAUUAAUAAAUGAGGGGACCAUAUAUCCAUAAGUACCCUCUUAUUUGAAAGAGAACAUAUACCUCUCCAAAAUGAUGCAUUACAUGAUUAUCCAGAUACUACAUUGUCAUUGAAAAAAAUAUGGUGCAUAGUUAAUGGUGACAAAGGCCUAGAUCCUAUGUAAAUCGCAAUAAUAUAGUUACUGUGAAAAAUGAAAGCAAAUCCAGAUGUUUCAUAACGGCUCCAUUUUAGUGACCUGAUUAUACUUGCACUGCAGUGUAGAGACAGCUCAUUGUAUGUGGCUCACUGAAUAAAUAGCGGCUUUGAACACCCCUACAGUGGAGUUUCUGACCUGAACUGCUAUAGCAUUGGUACAUAUAUUACACAGUUACCAGUGUUAAAGCUCUUUAACCCUAUCUGCUCUCAAUCCAAAGGACUUCAGGGAUGGUUUAUUUUCUUGUAAUUUAGAAUUUAUAGGUAUUAUGAGGGUUAUUUGCAAUAGGGGGCUGGAUCAUGCAUAAGGGGACUUUUAAUAAAGGGUUGCAUAUGGGAAAGUUACAUUUUUAGUUAGUGAGUGUUACUGAUGAGAUAAUCGUGGUGGGGGAUGCUUAUAGUACAGGGGUUUCAAUGAAGGGAAAUCAGCCAUUAAGGUUGAUUGCAUAUGGGGUUGGGCUAGGGGUAAUUAAGCUGGGGAGAGAGCCAGCUAUCAGGAUAACUUGUAGUGGGAAGUUUUGGUUAGGGUUAAUUUUGCUGUGAGGUCUUGAGACAGCAUACAGUAGUUAUAAGUAUUUGAACUAGAGGAAGAUGCAUUUAGGUAUAACAGAGGCGAGGGGCAUCAUGACAGCAGAGUUAUGUGUAUUUUAUUAGGGGAGGUCAUGGUUAGGGUUAACCUGAUCGGAUGGGCAGAGGUCUUACUUAAACUCUGCUGGGAUUUUAUCCUCUUAAUUGAGUGUUAUAUACCAAAAAGCAGCUGUGCUACAGGUAAAAGUACAACUGCUUUUAGAAGUCAGUAUAAAAGAUGUGAGUACUAUGGGUUGCCACACAUCUUAGUGAUAGUCAUAAUAUACUAUAGCUAUUACUCUGUGUACUUGUAGCUCACAUAGUGAUAAUAGUCUUUGCUGUUAAUUGGAGGUUGCCACAGUGCUCAAGUUACUUAACUUUUCCUCACAAGCCAUUAUUGAUAGCAACAGGGUUGCGGCUCUGUCAAUAUUAAUAGCGCUUCACAUAGGAUCUAUAGCAAAGUUUACCAAAAUACUGUACUUGACAUCUCCUUAUAAGGAGUAGAAGAUGAUCUUUCAAUUGAUUCUAUUAUGGUAAGGGCAAUUGUGUCUCCCAACAAUGAAAACAAAUAUUGUGGGAGCCUAUGGCUGUCUUUACUGUGCCCUACAAUGCACUUUUCCAGUAUUUAUCACCUAUGUAUGUUCACUGUAUAAUUUUGCAUCAUUGCACAGCAUUGUUCUGCUGUUUAUAUGCACUGUCUACUGCUGCAAAACAUUGGUCUACUGAUUAUUACUAAAUUACUCCAUCUGCAAUAUCUUUUGUAUUUAAACAGACCACUCCUGUAUCCAUGUAAAGCAUUACUCUUUAGGUUAUCAGUGUUGUAUAUGCACUAGCCAAUGCUAAAUCCAUGCAGAACAUUGCAUCAUGUGUUAUCUAUAUUUUCUUCACUGACUAAUAUUUUAUUUAUGAUGAGCUUUUUACCCUUAUGUUGUCCCUGUUGGACAUAAACUGUUGAAUACUUUAGAGUUCAGGGCAUUCCUCAUAUUGGGUUUGCAAUGGCUAAUACUGUAUGUUUAUCAAGCAUUACUCUGUUGGGCAUAGUAUGCAUAUGCUGCAUACCUUCAGAGAAUUGCUUUCUGUUACAUUUGGUGGCACAACACAUACCUUCUGUGGUUUUCAAAAAAUCUCCUGUGAUUUGUGUCUAAAAUAUAGAGCAAUUGAGUUGUGCUCAAAUAUAAACUUGUUAAAACACAGAAUAAAAAUAUUUUUAAAAGAAA